UUAAAAAACGAAUAAAACAAGCAACCACCUGUCUAGAGUUCACACUUUUUCUGCCUUCUCUCUCCUCUUUCUCUCUCCUCUUUCUCUCUCUUCACCCAUGGCCAGUCUAUGGCGAGCAGCAAUGGGAAGCUCGACUCAGUCGAACGACGACUACGACGGAGUCGAGUUCUGGACGAACCCAGAGCGAACCGGCUGGCUCACUAAACAAGGCGAGUACAUAAAAACGUGGCGUCGCCGGUGGUUCGUGUUGAAACAAGGAAAACUCUUCUGGUUCAAGGAAGCGAACAUCACGCGCGGAUCGAAAUCACGUGGUGUGAUUCCAGUGGCUAAUUGCCUCACAGUUAAAGGAGCUGAAGAUGUUUUAAACAAACAGUUUGCUUUCGAGCUUUCUACUCGCUCUGAUACUAUGUAUUUUAUUGCUGAUUCGGAGAAAGAGAAGGAGGAUUGGAUCAAUUCGAUCGGACGGUGCAUAGUGCAGCACUCUAGGUCUGUUACUCAUGAUGAAAUUCUGGACUAUGAUAGCCGGAAAUAAUUAAUAUUGCCACAACCUAAUUUUGGUACGCCUAUCCUUUUUUGUUUUUUGGAAAUAACUAUUUUAUUUGUUUUGUCUCUGUGUGUAGUGUGAAUGUAUAUAGUUUUUCGCAUUUGAAGCAGUAAGUACUUUGUUUAAGUCAUUGUUAAAUUGUGAAUGCCGUAUAUUUGCUGCGUUGAAAUGCAUAUGUACCUUUUUCAAAUA